AUGCUACCACUAUUCCGCCACGGCGCGCCACGAAAUGCCGCCGCUGCCGCUGCGUGUAGGACGUUUACGAGCACGGCCCAGCGGCCGUCAAAGAUUGGGAUGCUGCCCGUCAUCAUUCCCGCCGAAGUCGAGCUGACCCGGCUGCCGCCGCCAAAGCCGACGAAUCCGAGGGAUCGCCCGAUUGGGUCUAUGAUCGUCAAAGGCCCCCUCGGCACACUCACCCUCCCGCUCCCCCCUACCUCACCAUAA